AUGUUUGUAUAUCUAUUAUUUAUAUUCUCAAUUGUAUCAUCAACUUAUAUUGAUGUAGUAACUAAAUGCAUUUGUGAAGAAUUACUUAUAGAAAAUGAUUGUAAUAUUGUAAAUUAUUGUUAUUGGGAUUAAAACAAAUGCAUAGAUAUAGAAGAUUGUACAAUAGAAUCACCUGUUGAUUGUCCAUAUGAUAUAAAAUGUGCCUAUGUAGAUGGAAAAUGUACUAAAUUUACUAGUUGUGAUAAAUAUAUUGGUGAUAAAAGUACAUGUGAAGCUAUUUCUAUAUAAUGUACAUCAUUAGAUGGAAAUAAAUGUUAAAAUAAGGUUAUUCCAAGUUGUUCUGAAUUUGAUGAAGAAAAUUGUAAUUAUUCAGAUGGAAAUGAAGGAGAAUGUGGAUUUAUAGAUGAUAAAUGUUAGGUUGUAAAAUAAUGCAGCGAUAUUGAUUUGAUUAAAGGAGAAUUUUAAAUAAUGAAAUGUGUUUCUAAUAUUCAUUCAUGCAAAGUAUCCAACUCUAAAUGUGUCUAAAAGAAAUGUUCAGAUCUCUAAGAUUAAAGUAGUUGUUAAUAUAUACAUUUAUAUGAUCCAUUUGAUAAACCUUCAUCUAUCUAAAUAUGCAAAUGGUAAGAUGCUCAUUGUGUUGAUGCAAUGCCAAAUGAUUUAAAUGAAUCCAAUUGUUUUAUUGAUACCAUAUAUUCAUAUCUAUGGAAUCCUAAUUCAAAGACUUGUUAAAAAUGUAAUGGACCUCCUCCUAAUCCAAAUCCUCCAGAUAAUUUUGAACUUAUCAUGAAGGUUGCCAUAAUGAUAUUUGUAAUUUCAUAAUGA